GUUCUGAGUCAUGCAACUAUACUUUGCUCUUAUUAGUUUUCAAUUGUUUUUCUAAGAAUUUUAACAAUAUUAAUUUGAUUUAUUUAUCUCGGAUUAAUAAGAUAUUACUGGUUUUAGAAGUUAAUUUCUUAGUUUCUCACGCUCAUAAGCCCCGCCUCCAGAAAAAGAUCGAAAACUCUUGAGCUCGCGAGUCACGUGACCAUACGUCAUCAAGGGAAUCCGGCAGCUAAGCAAACGCAAUUGAUCGCCCACGUAAAAAGUUUUCGUCUAUUGUGUUUACGUAUUGUAGCGCUGUAUUGUUGAGAAAGUUUACCGAGUUCUUUUUGGAAAAGUUUUGUACAUUUGUGAUAUUUGCGAUAAUAUCAAGAUGCCGGCGAGAUGCAUCGUCGGAGGCUGCAGCAACACUACGAAGGAUGGUGCCAGCUUACAUUUGUUUCCCAAAGAUGCAAAUUUACGCAGAAUAUGGGUCUCGAAAGUGAAGUUGACCCGAGCAAAUUGGAGCGGCCCCAGUGACUGGAGCGUGGUGUGCAGUAGCCACUUCGAAGAUGCAGAUUUUGAUGACGGGUUGCAUGCUGCUUUUGGCAUGAAGAGGACCCGGCGGCUGAAGCCUGACGCUGUGCCUAAAAUAAGGAGCGGGACAUCGAUGCAAGUAAAGAGGAGUGGAUCUCGGACAGCGGCGGACAAACGAAAGAAAAUGAGGAUGCUGGAUGAAUUGCUGUCAACAUCUGUUGAGGCUAGGGAUGCUGAGGAACAAGGGUCAGCAGUGGAGCCCACAUCAAUGGAAAGUCAAUCAGACACUGAUGAGCCAGGAUGCAGCCAAUGGACAGAUGAACAUUCAUCUGAGUCUGAAGAAUCCUUUGAUGAACAGCCGUUCAAAGAUCCAGCAAUGGAAUUUCAGCAGCAUGGCCUUACAACCUCUGUUGGGAUACAGGUCUCUGUAGCAACAAGAGUAAAACGGUCACAAAGGGUUGUACUUCUGCAGAACACAGGCUCACAGAUACCACCCGAUAUUCCAGCCUUUAUUUCAAGAGGGACCUCUUUUGACAAAGGGGAUAUACCAGAAGAGAAAGUUGAUUCAAAGGAAGUGGAGGAAGAAAGGAUAUCAUCACCAGAAAGUGACGCUGCAGAACCCUCCUCACCUGGAUACAAGCCACCAUCAUCUUCAUCUUCAUCAUCAGAUGAGCGUGUAAUUGCCAAGCCACAAAAAAGACGGAGAAAACGGAAAAGGCGACCAAGCAAAAAGGCCCCAUGGGAAGCCCCAGCCAAAGGUAUUCCUCCACACAAGGAAAAAAAAUACAUUGUUUUUGAGUCCAAGCUUUUGGAGCUGUUGCAGUUUUGUCCAUCCUGCAAGUCUUCAAAUGUGUCCCUUGUAAAGAGAGAAGUUGGAAGCCUCCUUUCUGUGACAAGGGAGUGCCUAUCUUGUGACCAGAAGUCGACAACAUGGGAGAGCCAGCCAUGGAUAGGCCCCUAUCCUGCUGGCAACCUCCAGCUGUCAGCAGCAAUAUUGUUUGCUGGCGGGAGCCCCAGUGAGUCGCUGCGAGUGCUGAAACAUUUCAACGUAGCAACGCACUCACGCAGGACUUUCUUUAGACACCAGAAGAAGGUUCUGCAUCCAGCUAUCACCAACCAAUGGCAGAAGCAACAGAACCAUCUGCUCACUGAACUGUGUGAACGGGGUCUGCCACUCACCAUUGGGGGCGAUGGAAGAGCGGAUAGCCCAGGACAUUCCGCAAAGUUUGGGGUAUACACUGCUCUGGAAUUGAAUAUCAACAAGAUUGUCGAUUUUCAGCUGGUUCAGAGUAAUGAGGUGAAGGGUUCAUACCAUAUGGAGUUGGAAGGUUUCAAGAGAGUUGUCAACUUUCUUGAUGACAAGGGACUAGUAAUCAGGAAGGUGGUAACGGACCGACAUAGACAACUUGCCAAAUACAUCAGAAUCACACUUCCACACAUUAUUCAUGUGUAUGAUGUCUGGCAUGUAUCCAAAGGUGUUGGAAAGAAGGUGCAUGCCUUGGCAAAGCAAAAGGAUUGUGAAGAACUUGUGCAAUGGGAACCAAGCAUCACCAACCAUAUGUAUUGGGUGGCUGCAACUUGUGAAGAGGAUGAAGACGAUCUAAGGGUGGCCAAGUGGAAGUCUCUUAUGAACCACAUCCAAGGGAUCCAUGAAGGUCAUUCUGAAGUCUUUCCCAAGUGUCUUCAUGGUGACUUGGAAGCUCAAGGUCGCAAGAAAAAAUGGCUCACACCAGGCACAAAAGUCUGUGAAAAACUAACAGGUAUCGUGCAAAGCACCAUGUUGUUGAACGAUGUGAAAAAGCUGUCUGGAGACCAACAGACAUCCUCCCUGGAGUCAUAUCACAGUCUGGUGAACCGGUAUGCGCCUAAGCUGAAGUCUUAUUCGUAUGAAGGAAUGACUAGCAGGCUCAGACUUGCCGCUAUGGACUUCAAUGAAAAUGGAAACCGACAGCAGGCAAAAACGUUGAAAGGGGACAAGCGGUACAUGGUCAGCAAACCAAAGUACAAGCCAGGGAAGGCAUCAGUGAAAGCUGUUAAGGAAGCAAAAACAUUCAAAUUUGUUGAUGAUCUGAUGGAUGAGGUCGGACGAUUGUGCACAGGAUCAUCUCAACUGCCAGAGAGGAAGGAUGCCCCGCCAUCUUUAUGCAGUGAAUAUACCUUUCCUUCCAAGGAGGAACUUGUUCAGGAUCACCGAAGUCGUUUUAAUUAAAAUAAGUGAACUGUAAAUCCUAUCAUGCUAAUAUCGUAUACAGCUUCAUGAUAAAUUGGAACUAAUGAAAGAUUGAACACAUAAGUUCAUUUAAGAGAAAAUUUAGUUACUCUUUUGAACCAGAAACGAUCAAAUUCCUUAUGAUUAAACAUGCCAUUUUUCAUCUGAUGAACUGUAUGUAUACUUUUUUUUAGCAAAUUU